AGUAACAAGUAUCACCUUUGAAAAUAAAAGUCUUGUGACAGUUUUGAAGCCUCGUCACCACCGAAAUAUUUAAAUUGUGUUUUAUUUUGAAAGCAAAAACCAGAAGUUGUGUUUUCAACGGAUGAAAACUUUAUUGAAGACACCAGUCUGACUUUACGCGUUUCAGACGGCGUUAGGCUCAUUUGGACAAACUUCGGCGCUGCGCUCGCGCACGUUUUCUCUGACACAGUCUGUCGUGCGUGUCUCAUAGGACUACCGACCUUCUAAGAACUGCAUACCUAAUCACAUUUUUCUGAAUAAGUUUUUGGUUUAUUCUAGUCAGUGGAAGUUACAGUGGAAGCGCUCCGGGAACUUGUUGGCAACUUUUUUUUUUUUUUUUUCCAACCCAAAGCCCGGCCGAUUCUGGUGCCAAACCCGCGGACUGUUACACGGAAGAAAAUGGCAGCGAUUACUUUCGAUGCUACAAAGUGAAAAAAAGGUGUUUGAUUAUUUUUUUUUACCAGUUGAGGAACUGGCGACAGGACUCCAUAAUCAAUGUGGUGUCAGCUGGAAGGACGCGGGGUCCGGAUCUCACCUAAACGCUGAAACGUCCUGGGAGUGAUGCACUGGCUUCCCCUGGUUGCCAUGGUGAUUGCCUCGGCCCUGCCCUUUCCUCACAACCCCGUGUCCACGAUUGCUACCGCGACUGUGCAGACUGGGUCUGACAGCAGCAGAGAGCAGCAUCUCCACCCAGACGCCCGACUCGCCGCCCCGCCGGUGGACUCCAGCCUCGGGGGAAAUGCCUCGCAAACGGACUACAGCCGGCGCGGCAGCGACGACUUCCUUCGCGGGGGUUCCUCCGCGUUCAAAGGGGGAAACGAAGCGCCGCACGGAUCGCAGAGUGAUAAUAAAAGAACAAUCAGUCUGGACGGGAACGAGGACACAUCAGAUCGUUCUCUAACAGGGGAGUCCGUCAGCAGCAGACCUGAUGUCUCCGUUUCUCAGGACUUUUCUAACAGCUACCAUCUUAAGGAUUCUACAGUCACACCGUUGGAGGUUUCCACAGUGAAAAUGCAUGACGUUGUCAGUCCUGCUACCACGCUACAGGGUCAAAAUGGACCAGAAACGACCGCUCCGCUGAGGAGCGGGAGCCAGCACACGCCGAGGACCAGGACAGGUUCAGCCGAGGAGAGCAUACCUCUGGACAGCUUUCUGGACGGGGACGAGAUGUUCCUGUACGCACACCCACGGGUUCUGUUCUCGCCCUCCGCGUUACCCCCAGAAGACCCCCCCCUUCUGCUGAUGCUGGAGAACGACCUGAUGAAGGACGACGGGGAGGCGGAGGAGCAGGAGGAGGACAUGGACGCACGCUUCGAGGGUCACGGCGACCGUGCCAUCGAGAGGAGCUCGAAUUCGACCGACGACUCCCGGCCGGUCAGGAGGGACAAGCGCUCAGACGUUACGAAACAGCGGACUCGGGAAACGUCGGUGUGCCAAUCGGAAAGCAUCUGGAUCACGGAUAAGCGGACCGCCAUCGACCAUAAAGGAAACAACGUCACCAUCCUGCAGGAAGUUCAGACGCAGGCCGGGCCUAUCAAACAGUACUUCUACGAGACGCGCUGCAGCCAGGGAGAGCGGCGGGGCAGGGACGAGGGCGGGGCGAGCGCGUCGAGCAGCACGGCCCGGAGAGGCUGCCUGGGCGUGGAUAAGAGGCACUGGAACAGCCAGUGCAUAUCCAAGCAGACGUACGUCCGCGCUCUCACCCGGGACGACAAAAACGGGACCGGGUGGCGGUGGAUUCGGAUAGACUCGUCCUGCGUGUGCGUGCUGGUGUCCAGGACAAACCAGGCCAGGCACGUCUGGUCAAAGAAGGGGCGGGGCUGAGCGUUUUUUCACGUCUUGGAUUCUCCAAAAAACAUUUUUUUAGCAAAAAAACAAGGCAACCUCAAUACAAAAUCUUAGGGAAAUGUGUUUUAUAGAUUUUAAGAUGUUUUUGUAUAACUUAUUUUUGAUUAGUAUGUAAGCAUGUGUACGUCUUUGACAUUAAUAUAUUCCUUUAUAUUUGUGUACAAUAUGAAAGCAGUAUACCUACAUGUAAGAAGCUAUGUAUAUCCGCAUGUAUUUAUAGAAGACUUCUUCAUGCAGUAGUCGCUCUCUCCUAAUGAUUACUCCAGCCUCUGAGCUGCUCGGGUUACAAAAGCAUGGAGCGCCACCUAUUGAGGCUCCUCUUUACUGCUCCGGUCCCUGUGAAUAAAAGAUGGAAAAUGGUUUUUACCGAAAUGCUGCAGCAACCCGAGCAAACUUCCAUCUGUCGGGCUCGUGUUAAUCAUGUGAAGCCGCCCGGCCUGACAAACGUGGUAAUAAAGUAUCUUUGUACUCAG